GGGAAAUUUGAUGGCCCUUCUUUGGCAGAGUGAUCAAAUUUCUUUGACUUGUUUGUUAUUAGAAAAGAAGUAUUUGUUUGGGUUUGUUUAACUCUGUAAAAUUUUUGGUUAUUGUUGGCCAUUUAUUGUUGAUAUAACCUGCCGUCUGACUGACAAUGAGGACUUUAGAGGAGGUGCGGGCCACUCUGCAGAUCGCCAAACUCAAAGAGGAGGACUUACAGAAAACUAUCCACUGUCUGUCCUUUGGGCCAAACGUUUCAUCUGCGGACUACUGCCUGAUGGAGCUCGACGACACACUCUGCAAACACAUCGAGGCUGGCCAAAGUCUAGUGAUUCGGGGCGAUAAAGACGAACAUGCAGUGGUUUGUAGCGACGACAAGACCUACAGUCUAAAAAUAGCUGACACAUCCAACCUGCUGCUGUUUCUUCCUGGAUGCAAAACACCAGACCAGCUGACCGACACUGAGGACAGCUCUCAUGUUGUGCACGCUCAGAUAUGGGGGUUUUGUAACAGCUACUGGGAACUGAGGAAACAGCGACCAAGACUGAAGAAGCUGAAGAGGCUUUUAAUGGAAAAUCCUUACGAAGGACCAGCGUUGGGAGGGCAGCAGGAGAAUACAGAGAACAGGUACACAAUGCAGGAUCUGCUGGAAAGGAUUCAGGCCAGUGAAGAGGAGAUAAGGACACACUUAGAGACCAUCCACGCCUGUCAGAUAGAUGGUUACUGGCGCGUUCUGGACUUUGACUAUGAGAUGAAGCUGCUUGGUCAUGUGACUCAACUGGUGGACUCUGAGUCUUGGGCCUUCAACAGGGUUCCCCUUCAAACCAGUUUAGAUGAGCUGGCCCCACUAGAGCCCAGAGAGAUGAUCGAGCACUGUUUGAACUGCUAUGGGAAACGCUAUACUGAAAAUGAUGAAGUGUUUUAUGCACUAAAUGAGGACAAAGUCUGUUGGGGUAUAGCACUGAUGCUGUUGCACAAUGCUGUCAAGUUCAACCUGAAGGAGUUUCAAGAGGUGUGGCAGCAGAGCGUCCCAGAGGGCAUGAGUACAAGACUGGACCAGCUAAAGGGCAUUGCCCUGUUGGACCGCACCUCCCGCCCGGAGACCAUCUGCCUGCUGCGUGUGGAGGACCUCCCAGAGGACACGGUGGAACGCUUUAACCACCUUUUUACACUCCGAGAGAAAUGGACAGAGGAGGAUAUAACACCUUACAUACAAGACCUGUGUGGAGAGAAACAGACCACCGGAGCCCUCCUGACCAAAUACGCUCGGUCUUCAAUGCAAAAUGGGAUCAAGGUUUUCAACUCCAGAAGGCCCGUGGCAACGUGAACACACCUACUGUAAAGUUAUUUUUACUAUUUGAAGAUGUAUCCAUGUGAAUCUGUUCAUUUCACCCUGUCACUUUUUUGAUGCUCUGUGAAAAUCUGUUUACUAAAAAUGCCUGUUAGCACGUUUUCAGCUGCUUCUUUUUAUCU